AGUUCUCACGUUUAUCUUUGUGUUUAGCUGAAUGAUCGGUACUCUACACAUACAUCUUUACAUUUAUGUCAGCAAAGGGUUAAGUUUGUUCCCAGAUGAGGGGAGUACAUCUGGUAACAGGUCGGCACAUCCUCUUUUUCCGCGCACAAACCCGUCAAACGAGUCAGCUGGAGAACACAAUUUAGAUUUGUUUCAACACAAACAGUGUACAGGAGCAGGCAGGAUGGCUGUGACCAUGACCAAGGCUGAGGGCAUAACUGUGCUCACUUUGAGCUCUGAUCCCCAAAGUGUUUGUCCUCCUCUGUGCCAAAUCUUCAAAAGCCUUUGCUACAGCCCCGUGUGCUGCUCCGUGUCUCAGCACCUGAGGGGCGUCCAGAGAACUUCUCAGUCAGUACUGGGGUCUCUGCAGAUUAUGGUUGGGUUGCUCAACAUCGGCAUUGGAGCGAUCCUCUGUAGCAUGCACGGUGUUGGCAUGUAUAUGUUGAGGGACACCGCAUUUCCUUUUUGGUUGGGAGGAUUGUUUAUGUUGUUUGGCAUCGUUGGCAUUUUGUCUGAGAAGUACCCCAGUCCAUGUCUGGUCAUGAUCAACUUGAUUCUGAAUCUAGUCGGAGUUGCUUUUGCCAUCACAGCCAUCGUACUCUACAGCAUCAAUAUGGGAAACAUCGGCAUGUGGUAUAUGUGUAACAAUCGCUAUUCUGAUUACAAUUGGCGCUACGGAACCACAACUCCAUCUCCUGGGUCGGACAUCAUGAUGGAGAAAUGCUUGGAGGGCAAAGCUCUGAUCCUGAUGCUUGUAAGAAGCAUGAAUGCUCUGAUGAUUGUCCUGUCCGUCCUGGAGCUCUGCCUCGUCAUCAGCUCUGCCGUCUUGUCGAUCAAGGCUCUGAGGAGGAGGACAAGUGAGAACAGAGAAAACAAGAUUGGUGACCCAGAACUCAACAAACCACUGCUGGAGACCAGUAACCCCACAGCCUAGAUACACAUCUGUGCUUUCUGCUCAGUUACCAUGUAAUAUAAUCCUGUGACUUUAUAUCAUUGUUUGUACUGUAAUGUCAGUGAUUUACUCAAAACAAUUGUUUUUGUAUUUUUGUUGUGUACUUUAUAUAAAACCUUAAAGCGUGUCUGAGAAAUGUAA